AUGCUGUUGCUACGAGCUGUUCUACUGCUACUAGUCCUGCCCGCUCACGGCCAGGACUCCGUGGCAGAAGGGCCUGGAGUCCUGCUUCCCCUGCCGAAGGGGGCCUGCCCAGGUUGGAUGGCAGGCAUCCCAGGGCAUCCUGGCCACAAUGGGACCCCAGGCCGUGAUGGCAGAGAUGGCACCCCUGGUGAAAAGGGUGAGAAAGGAGAUCCAGGUCUUGUUGGUCCUAAGGGUGACACUGGUGAAACUGGAGUAACUGGGGUUGAAGGUCCCCGAGGCUUUCCAGGAACCCCAGGAAGGAAAGGAGAACCUGGGGAAAGUGCCUAUGUACACCGUUCGGCAUUCAGUGUGGGGUUGGAGAGCCGGAUCACUGUCCCCAAUGUUCCCAUUCGCUUUACCAAAAUCUUCUACAAUCUGCAAAACCACUACGAUGGCACCACUGGAAAAUUUCACUGCAACAUUCCUGGGCUGUACUACUUCUCCUACCACAUCACAGUCUACUUGAAGGAUGUCAAGGUCAGCCUCUACAAGAAAGACAAGGCUAUGCUCUUCACCUAUGACCAGUACCAGGAGAAGAACGUGGACCAGGCCUCUGGCUCUGUGCUCCUUCAUCUGGAAGUGGGCGACCAAGUCUGGCUCCAGGUGUACGGGGAUGGGGACUCCUAUGGGAUCUACGCAGAUAACGUCAAUGACUCCACCUUUACGGGCUUCCUUCUCUACCAUGACACCAACUGA